CGCCCCCCCAGGGCCUGGAGCUUCGCCUCUUAGCGCCCGGGCCGCUGGCCCGCGCCACUCUCCCGCGCUGCACCAGCCACAGACCCCGUAGCCGCUCCCGGCCGCUUGCCGCCGGCUCUGGGCGGACCAUGCGCCCUCCGAACCCACCGCAUGUCCGCUGGCUUUGCGUGCUGGCAGGAGCCCUUGCCUGCGCCCUCAGACCCGCGGGCAGCCAGGCAGCCAGCCCGCAGCACGAGUGUGAGUACCUGCGGUUGAUUGAGAUACAGCGUCAGCAGUGCCUGGAGGAGGCCCAGCUGGAGAAUGAAACCACAGGCUGCAGCAAGAUGUGGGACAACCUCACCUGCUGGCCGACGACCCCGCGGGGCCAGGCGGUAGUCCUGGACUGCCCCCUCAUCUUUCAGCUGUUUGCCCCCAUUCAUGGUUAUAACAUCAGCCGUAGCUGCACUGAAGAGGGCUGGUCACAACUGGAACCAGGCCCCUACCACAUUGCCUGCGGCCUGAAUGACAGGGCAUCGAGUCUGGAUGAGCAGCAACAGACCAAGUUCUACAAUACCGUGAAGACUGGCUACACCAUCGGCUACAGCUUGUCCCUUGCCAGCCUACUGGUUGCCAUGGCUAUCUUGAGCCUGUUCAGGAAGCUGCACUGUACCCGAAACUACAUCCACAUGCAUCUCUUCAUGUCCUUCAUCCUGAGGGCCACUGCCGUCUUCAUCAAGGACAUGGCCCUCUUCAACAGCGGGGAGAUAGACCACUGCUCUGAGGCCUCGGUGGGGUGCAAGGCAGCGGUGGUUUUCUUCCAGUAUUGUGUCAUGGCCAACUUCUUCUGGCUGCUGGUAGAGGGCCUCUACCUACACACCCUGCUGGCCGUCUCCUUCUUCUCCGAGCGGAAGUACUUCUGGGGGUACAUUCUCAUCGGCUGGGGAGUGCCCACUGUGUUCAUCACCAUAUGGACGGUCGUCAGGAUAUAUUUUGAGGAUUUCGGGUGCUGGGACACCAUCAUCAACUCCUCACUGUGGUGGAUCAUAAAGGCCCCCAUCCUCCUCUCCAUCUUGGUGAACUUCGUCCUGUUUAUCUGCAUCAUCCGGAUCCUGGUUCAGAAACUACGGCCACCCGACAUUGGGAAGAAUGAUAGCAGCCCAUAUUCGAGGCUGGCCAAGUCCACGCUUCUGCUCAUCCCCCUGUUUGGAAUUCACUAUGUCAUGUUUGCCUUCUUCCCCGACAACUUCAAGGCCCAGGUGAAAAUGGUCUUCGAACUUGUCGUGGGUUCUUUCCAGGGUUUCGUGGUGGCCAUCCUCUACUGCUUCCUCAAUGGUGAGGUGCAGGCGGAGCUGCGGCGGAAGUGGCGGCGUUGGCAUCUGCAGGGCGUUCUGGGCUGGAGCUCCAAAUCCCAGCACCCGUGGGGAGGCAGCAACGGUGCCACAUGCAGCACGCAGGUAUCCAUGCUGACCCGCGUCAGCCCGAGCGCACGCCGCUCCUCCAGCUUCCAAGCGGAGGUCUCCCUGGUCUGACCGCCAGAGGCCGCCAGGCCCCUUCACACCCUCUCCACGCCGGCCCCUGGAGCAGAGGUCUGUAGCGACACCGUUGGCUCCAGCUUUUCGUAGGGACACACUCCUUUGCCGCAGCCAGGACCGGGUCUAUGCUAGCUGGAGAGUGGGGAGCUCUAACCUUGGAGGAUGGAAGGAGGAUCCAGCAUCAGGUUCCACCUCCCAAGGCCAUUCUGCCAGUCAUGCGCACAAAAUCUGCAUACACCUGGAAAGCAACUGCUUGCCCUCAAAGCUUUGGAACUCGCAGGGCAGAAGGUUCCGCCCACCCUGUGGUGCCUAGAAUCCACUGGGACGCUCAUGUCGCUUUGGGUUAAGCGUUGCCAUUGAGACUCCUCUCUGAGGAUGCAGCCCCCUCCCUGCGUUUAUCUGCCAGCUCUUCUGGGUGGGUGAGUUCUUCUACCUCAGGCAGAUGGUUAUGACCUGGAGUUUCAGUUUGGGGAUCGCAGCUGUGUUGUGGUCCUCUCUCAGGAUGGAAUUGUCCCAGUGUAUCCUCAGACCUGGGAGCUCAGGGACACCUCUGGGGAGGGAGAAGACAGCCCCAGUCAGUGAUCACCAAGUGACUUUGUCCAACAAAUAGGACCAGUCCCACUAGCCUUAUGUACAACCAAAGCAAUAUCGAGCUGUCUGCUCUGG